AUGGUUGCCACCAGCGCCAACGCCAAUACCUCCCUGUUGACCUUCUUCACCCAGAUGGAAAAUCAGGACGGCGUCAUUGUCAAAGACAUCCCCAAACUCGAUCUAGAUCUGUACAUCCAGAACUACACAGGCCGUACCCGCUUUGAACGACUGUUCCUGAUCGGCCGGACUUGCGUGCCGCUCUGUGUCGACGCCCUGAAAGCUGCAGUCGCCGAAGCCAAACAGGGUCAAGACGUUCAACGAUACCGUGAGGCUUUUGAGCACAUUCACAUCGCCGCUCCUUCUGAGCCAGAGGCCGUCUUCGAUCAAGAAUGGGUAGACAACACCGACAGGGCCAACAAGGCCAAGACCCACAACCUUGAAAAUGAACUGAAAGGUUACAAGAUGAAUCUUAUCAAGGAGAGCAUUCGGAUGGGCAACGAGGAUCUGGGCCGUCACUUCGAGGCCACUGGCGACCUCAACAGUGCUGGCGAGGCUUACAGUCGAAUGCGACCCGAUGUGAGCACAUCGAAGCACAUCAUCGACGUCGGCAAGCACCUCGUUCAUGUCUCCCUCCAGCGCCGCGAGUGGCCCAUGGUCAUUGCCAACCUGAGCAAGAUCACCGGAGUACAGAACGGCGACGACGAAAAGGGGCUCCAACCCUACGUCAAGAUAGUCCAGGGGAUUGCCCUCAUGGGUUUGGACAAGUUUGAGGAGGCAGCUAAGAGUUUCUUGCAGACGGAUGCCGGCAAAGAGGGAGUGGACUACAGCAAUAUCGCGAGCCCCAACGACGUGGCAGUGUACGGUGGCCUCCUGGCUCUGGCGACCAUGGACCGGAAAGACUUGCAGACCCGCGUUCUUGACAACCAGAACUUCAGAACCUUUUUGGAACUGGAGCCUCACAUUCGCAAAGCCAUCUCUCUCUUCGUCAACGGUCGGUACUCGGCAUGCCUGGCGAUCCUCCAGGCGUACCGUGCCGACUACCUGCUGGACAUCUAUCUCCAGAAGCACGUCAAUGCCUUGUACUCUCAGAUUCGGAGCAAGUGUAUUGUGCAGUACUUCAUUCCGUUUUCUUGCGUCACCCUCAGCAGUUUGGAAGAGUCCUUUGCAGUUGAGGGCCAAUCGCUCGUCGAUGAGCUCGUUACCAUGAUCAAGAAUGGCUCCUUGCAAGCUCGAAUCAACACAAUUGACAAGACAUUGGUCGCCGUGUCUCCGAACCCCCGAGCCAACCUGCAAAAGCUGGUCCUUGACACGAUUGAUGGCUACGAGCGGGACGCCCUCGAGCGGAUCCGCCGCAUGAGUAUCAUCGCAGCAGAGAUGGAGGUGAAAAACCCCCGUAAGGGCACUGCUCAUGAGGGUGUUGAUGCACUUUGGUUCGAGCAGUCGAACCGGCCAAUGGCGGCCGCCGGCGAGCUGAGCUGA